CCUUGUCUGUCGGUAGAUGAGCAGGUUGACUUCCUGAUUGGUUGAAACAAACUUGAAUUAAAUCUUUAUUCAGUUUGAACAAACUUCACAGACAGGCUGCGCGCGCUCAUCCACUGCACAUGCGCCCGACAAUGUUUCCUCUCAGCCAAUCACAGCUCGUGACGACACACGCCUGAAGGGAUGCGCGUUCACGGAGGAUGAGAAACAUUUAAACAUUUAAACAUGAUGAGUGAAACAUGAGCUGGUGCAUCAAACAUCACUAACUACCUUAGCUAGAAUAACAUUUAACUAAACCAAACCGAACUAAACUUUAACUUAAUCUUAAUCUUUAACUGUAACUUUAACUGUAACUGUAACUGUAACUAAACUAAACUGAACUAAACUAAACUAAACUUUAACUGUAACGGUAAGAAGCUCAGAAGAAAAGACAAAAGCUAUAAUCUUAAAUCUCUCUUAAAUGCAGAGAAAAUAUCAUUUUAGUUUUUAAUAAACAUUUUAUUUUGACUCAAUAGAACCCGCACCUGACACCUAUAUUGCAUUACAUUGCAUAUUGCAAUUUGACACUGUUCUACUGUUUGCAUUUCACUUUUUACUUGACUUAUUAUAUCUUUUAUCUUUUAUAUAUUUUUAUUUUAUAUAUUGUGUUUAUUGUUUUUCUUAUGUGUGUUCUAUUUAUUGUGUUUUUAUGUUCAUUGUAUGCACCAAUAACCAGAGCAAAUUCCGGGUAGGUGUAAACCUAGUUGGCAAUAAACACCUUCUGAUUCUGAUUCUGAUUCUGAUUCUGAUAUAUUUUAAGACAUCUUGAUCUACACUCCAAACCACUUGGUGGCGGUAAUACACCAAAUCGUUGUUUGCCACCCGUCAAAAAAAGAAGAAGAAGAAGCGGUGGGGGGGUGGAGGAGGAGAAGCAGCAAUAGCAGAAGAAGAAGAAGAAGAAGCAGAAGAAGAAGUCGCUGUUUACACGGCUGCACAUGUCUGCCGUUACCGUGGAGACCGCUGUCAUCACGGAGGUCAAAGCUGUCGUUGCCAUGGCCACCAACAUGGAGGACCACGUGUGUGAGCAGCCCCCCCCUCUGGAGGAGGAGCUGAAGAAACCCGCUAGCCGCCGCCGCCGAGCCGGUGUGUCACUAGGGAGGCGGGGCCAGAAAGGGAAGAAGUGGGGCCCCGCAGACAAGAGGCGGGGCCCAGGGGAGAAGAGGCGUGGUCAGAAGGAGAAGCGGCGAGGUCAGGAGGAGAAGAAGGAGAAGAAGAAGGAGGGCGUGACGGUGAAGAGAAUGUGGAGUGGAGGGAAGCGACAGUACUGUGUGUUCUGUCGACGUCCGCAGGUGAAGAUCGCCCGACACCUGCUGAGAAAACACACAGAGGAGCCGGAGGUGAUGGCCGCCAGCACGCUGCCCACGGGCUCCAAACAGCGCCACCUGCUGCUGGACCACCUCCGCUGCAGAGGCAACUACCUCCACAACAUCGAGGUGAUCAGACAGGGCAGUGGGGAGAUCAUCCCGUGUCGUCAGCCCUCAGAGGAGGUCGAUGCCAGGAACUACCUGCCCUGUCCGCUCUGCCUCGGGUUCUUCCUUCGCUCUGAUCUCUGGAAACAUCAGGCCUCCUGUCGUAAGAAGCUGUCGUCCAACCCCUCCAAAGACUCCGCCUCCACCACAGACACCACGUCGGACACCACAUCUGACUAUACAGGAAAGUCUGUCUGUGAUCGAGGAGACAACAGGACUUCCAGGUCCACGGAGGACACACUGUCUGACCCCCAAGGGGACACAGCUGCAGCAGAACAGACCUGUGGACCCGGGUCCAAGCAGCCGGAUGCUGCUGCACCCAGUGGGGAUCAGAACGCGACCUCUGACCCCGGGGUGGAUCGGCCAAGGAAGCGCAUUAGGGUCCAAGCCGCAGCUUCCCGCCUCCUUCCAAUUUCUGGCGGAGCAUCGGAGAGUUGUAGUGAAGUCCUGCAUCGCAUGAACCAGGACCACAUCUCACAUCAGGUCAAAUCUGAUUGGUUGAUCUGUAAAUAUGGAAACAAGUUGAUGGGGAACCAAGAUGGCGGUCAGAAGAGGUACGAUUAUGUCAGUCAGAAGCUGCGGGAACUCGGGAGGUUCCUACUUGCAGCUAAAUCCCUGGACUCUGGGGUCCACGCCCUGCUGGACGUUCUGGCUCCAGGCCGCCUCAGCCUGGCGCUGGCUGCUGCCAGAAAGGCGUCCGGGUACCGAUGGAGCCGCCCUCCGCUGGCGGUGAAGACCACACUGAAAACAGUUUGUGAGAUUGCCAUCGGAGAGAGUCUGCAGGACGGAGACUGGGAGGCUGCAGCCAAAACCACCGACUUCUACCACAUCCUGGGAAGAGAGUGGGACAACCUGGGGCUGCUGAACCCCGACGCAGUGGCUCCUGAAGGAGGAACCAAGCAGAAGAAACAACUGGUCCAACCACGGAAUGAGAAGUCGAGUCAAGAGUCUGAGCCAAGUCCUGUGGUUCCAUCAAAGAGCAGCAGCAGACCUGAUUCCUCGGUUCCACCAGAGUCCAGACUGCAGACUCCCCUCACAGUUCCUGUGGCUCCGAGAAAGGUCCGACGUCGCCCGUGGUCAUCUGCAGAGAAGGAGGCCGUCUGGAGACAGCUGGGAGUCCACGUUCUGGUGCAGACAGUACCCGGAAAGGAGGUCUGUCAGCGCUGUCUGGACCUUGAGCCUGUCCUCAGAGGUCGACAUUGGAAAGACAUAAAGAACCAAGUCCACAACCAAAUCCAGAGCCAAAAGAAGCAGCAGUUCCACGCCCAGAUGGACCUUCAAGACCCCCAGGAACAACCGAAUCAAGAACAUGACCAAACACAAACUCAGAAGAAGCAGCACCAGCACUUCCAGGCCCAAAUGGACCAACAGGGAAAGGACCACACCCAGAACCAGAAGAAACAGGAGUACCGUGCCCAGAUAGACCACCAGGACCAGGACAAUGUUCAGAAUCAGAAGAAACAGCAGUACCAUCUCCAGUUGGACCAACAGAACCAGGACCACACCCAGAAAAAACAGCAGUUCCAAGUUCAGAUGGACCACCAGGACCAGGAAAGCAUCCAGAACCACAGGAAACAGCAUUACCACACCCAGAUGGACCACCAGGACCACCUUCAACUUCAUAAAAAGCAACUAUGCCAUUCUAGAUUGGACCAGCCCGACCAUAUUCAGGUCCACAAGAAGCAGCUGUACCAAAUGGACCAGCAGACCCAGGUACUGCAGUCCACACUGGACCGGGACGCCUCGUCUCUUCUGACCGGCACUCCAUUUGGACCUGAUGGACUUCAUCGGGCCACAGGACUCUCACUUGUGGAGCGGGACCCCAUCAUCAGUCCAUAUCCACUUCCACACCGGGCCCCCGGGCUUCACAUGGACCAGCUGCUGCCCAGAACAGAGUGGACUGAUGAGUCUCUGGCCCAGAACUACCCAAUCAACAGGCAGCUAGCCAGGAGCCUUCUCCCAGAUGCACCCACAGGAGGACCUCUGCCCAGUCCACACUCUGGACAUGUGCACUUCUGACAGACACGCCCACUUCUGACGGACACGCCCACGAGGGCCCUGAACACAAUUGACGGUAUCAGAUAAUAAUGUGUUGUGUUUCCUUAUAAUGAAAACAAGUCUUGAAGACCUCCAGGCCCUGAAAAUAAAAUUAAACCUUUUCCAUCACAGGUUCCUGAAACUUUCUGUUCAUGAAACGAUCCUGAAGUUCAAAAGUCACCAAACACAAACUUCGUAGAAACUGAGUAUCUAAGAAAAAUCUGCGUAAUCGCAUAAAUCUUAACGUUGACCUUUUUAAUCAUAGAACUCUUGUUGUAGAACUUUUUAUGUCUUUUAAAUAAUUUCUUCACAACUUGACUAAGUGUCACUUGGACUCAAAGAUGAAAUGAUUGGAUGUCAAAGGUCAAAGGUCACAGUGACCUCAUAAGGAAAAUCAGAUGUUUGUAGACUGAACGUUGGUGGAGACAAACCAUCACAGGACGAUGAUUCCAGUUCUUUGUAGAAGCAGAAUUUAUCUGACUGGUGUCAGAACAGAGUUUGUCAGUCGGACACGUUCACAGUGAAAUGUUGAACGUCUGUGAUCUCUGCUGCUGAACAACUGACCAGGCAGAAACAAGACGUGUCUCCUGUGAUGAACAUCUGCACUGGUUUGUAAACACGAUGGAGAAUGAACCUGAGAGCUUCUCACUGGUCCAGCUGAUGGUUU